AUGAGGAACAAACAGAGAAAAUCAUCUGCCCUCGGUUCUGAUGCAGGAUAUGGAUCUUCUUUAUCUUGUAUUAUAUGGAGCUUGGUGGGUUUUGGUCUUGUUGUCUGCUUCCUUUCCCUUAAACAUCAAGCAGACAGUGGGCAGACCCAUGUUUAUUUCAGUCCUCUACAUGCGACCAGAGAAUUAGAGGACAUCGAGGAGGAUCAUUUCCGCUUGCCACCUCCUCACAAGGUGAAUCCUCGUGCAGUGAAAAGGAGGGGACCUCGUAAACUACCAAAGGUUGUAGAUGAUUAUCUGGAGGAGUCUUCAGCAGUACAUGCAUUGUUCUUCCCUGAUCAAAGGACUGCUGUGGAUCCAACAAAGGGGGGAAAUGAUAGCAUGCAUUUUUAUCCUGGUAGAGUGUGGCUGGACACUGAUGGAAACGCCAUUCAAGCCCAUGGUGGUGGGAUUAUGUAUGAUCACAAGACUGCCAAAUUCUAUUGGUAUGGAGAAAACAAAGAUGGACCAACAUACCAAGCUCGCCCCAAAGGAACACAGAGGGUUGACAUCAUUGGGGUAAGCUGCUACUCAUCGAAAGACCUGUGGUCGUGGACUCAUGAAGGAAUUGUGCUUCCUGGUGAACCUACUAAUGUCACCCACGACCUUCAUAAAUCAAAGGUGCUUGAGAGACCUAAGGUGAUAUAUAAUGAUCGCACUGAAAAAUAUAUCAUGUGGAUGCACAUCGAUGAUACUAACUACACCAAAGCAUCUGUUGGUGUGGCCGUGAGCAACUCUCCGACUAGACCUUUUACUUACCUUUACAGCUUUCGUCCACAUGGUUUUGAGAGUAGAGACAUGACAGUCUUCAAAGAUGAUGAUGGAAUGGCUUACCUCUUCUAUUCUUCUCGUGAUAAUACUGAGUUCCACGUUAGCCCAUUGACAGAGGACUAUAUUCAGAUCACAGCAGCAAUGAAGAGAAUACUAAUAAGGCGACAUCGUGAGGCUCCGGCUGUCUUCAAGCACCAAGGGACCUACUACAUGAUCACCUCUGGUUGCUCAGGCUGGGCUCCCAACAGGGCAUUGGCACAUGCUGCAGAGUCUAUCAUGGGCCCAUGGGAGACACUGGGAAACCCUUGCGUUGGAGGCAACAGGUUUUACCGCCUUACAACAUUCUUAUCUCAAAGCACAUUUGUGCUUCCCCUCCCUGGUUUGCCUGGUACAUUUAUCUUCAUGGCGGAUAGGUGGAGUCCGUCAAACUUGAGAGACUCCCGGUAUGUUUGGCUUCCACUUUUCGUUGGAGGGCGGGCAGAUGAACCUUUAGACUACAGUUUUGGAUUCCCUUUGUGGUCAAGGGUAUCAAUUUAUUGGCACAAGAAAUGGCGCCUCCCAGAAGAUUGGAAGAUUGCAAGCGGAGCUGAGUACAUAAGAUAG